AUGUUGGUGUGGCUUUCCUUGCAGGUGAUUGCCCUUGUGAUGGAUUCCUUCACAGACAUUGAGAUCUUCGGUGACCUUCAGGAUGCCUAUAAAAACCGCCAAGUCCCUGUCUACAUCCUUCUUGACCAGGACUUUGUACCCCAUUUCUUGGAAAUGUGCAACAAUCUGGGAGUUUGUCCUGAGCAGGAAAGUAUGAUGAGAGUUCGAACUGUCACAGGGAGCACGUACUGCAUGAGGUCAGGUGCCAAAAUUGUCGGGAAAGCCAAGGAGAAGUUCAUGUUAAUUGAUGGCAUUAGAGUGGCAACAGGCUCCUACAGUUUCACAUGGUCUGACGGGAAGCUGAACAGCAGCAACUUGCUGGUGUUGUCAGGUCAAGUGGUUGAACACUUUGACCUCCAGUUCAGGAUUCUUUAUGCCCAGUCACUACCCAUCAGCCCAAAGCAACCGUCCAGCUGCAGGAACAGUGGCAUGUUUGAUCACCUGCUGACCAGAACAGAAUCCUCUAAAGAAUAUACUGUGGAAGGCAACUUGAGAGCAGAAUUUGCCAGACUGUCUAGCACUCCAAAGAAAUUGCUGGAAAAAGCAGAUCAAACUGAAUAUACUCCUGCAGGAAAGCUUGGUAACCUGCGGCUUUCUUGCCUGUGUGAAGAGGAGUGUGACAAUCAAGUAGCCACAGUGGAACAGAGAAGUGCAUCAACUCAAACCGGCCCGUGGGAAGAGAUGGCAACUGUGACAAAAUGUAAUGCAGCCACUCAGGCCAGCGCUGCCACAACAGACAACAGCACUCAGGCUUCUGUCACGGCCAGAGUGACAGGCACUCAGACAUCCAUUUUGCUGAAGACUGCAGUGACACAGACAAAGGAAGAGAAUGGCACAGAAACACCCCUCCUUCCCAGAAAGUUCUCAAAAGAAGAGUAUUUUCUGUCUGGAAAGGCCGUAUCCAGUUCUAGCCUGCACUCGUUGUCUUCAUCAUCAUCCCAGCGCUCUCUUGCAAGCUCUGCAGGCUCAAUAUCCUCCCUCCGGUCCUUUGACUAUUCCAGUAGUCACAGGGCACAAUAUUUCCAAAAACUGCACAAAGAGAGGCAAUUCCACUACUCCACAAUCAGGUCGAAGCUGAGCCACAUGGUGGAUAUCCUGUCCCGGCGGGGCCGUGUCCCUGCCAGCUACAUGAGCCAGUACCCCGGCAGCUGCAGCCUCAGGCAGAGGCGCGACAUCAGCGCCAGCCUGCGCAGCCUCCGCGACGCCUCGCUCUUUUCCCUGAGAAAAUGAUUCCUGCCCUCACCACACAACACAAACCCCAGUCUCAAGCUGCUGUCACUUUGUCCCUAAAGAUUCUUCCAUUUCUGUCCAGCACUUUUACUUCUUUGAUACUUUUUUAACACA